AUGGAGCUCGGAUUCCGCUCGACUUCGUCGGAAGAGAUUGACGACGAUUCUGAGAGGACAGUUGAACGGGCUGUUGCUGAGCCCGAGUCAGGGAAUGAUGGUGCUGAGCGUGCAGAUGAACGGGCGAAUGAAACGGAUGAGACCCCGACAGCUGAACCAACGGCUGGAGGCGGCACUGAAGCAAUGACACCUCCAGGAGUGGAAGCGGCUAUGCUGCGGGAAGGUGGCGAGGGAGAAAGAAAUGAGUUUGACUCAGAGCACGGCGACUUUGAGAAGGAUUUGCAGGCUCUAAACGUCGCGGAGGAGGAUGGGGAGAACAAUCAGGGGCGUGAUCAAGAAGGGAUGAACGAUAAGAUGGGUGGUGAGGAGAAUUUUGGGAACGUCGCCACGACUGGGGAAAAGCAACGUAGCACGAAGGCGUCAUCCUCGCCUGAGAAAGCAUCACCCGCGCGUGGCCACAUAGAGAGCGGCGUGCGGCGCGCGCAAGAGCACCACGUGGUGACGCGGAGCAGCAACAGCCCUCUCACUCCUGCCGGGGCGCAAACGCCGCAAACGGCGGAAGUCAAAUCCGUGCAGACGCCUGCCACGCAGCCGCCGCAGCAGACGCAGUCCGGGCUGACGACCGUUCCUGGAGUGCCGAUUCAGCCCCCCCUUCCGUUACAUGCUCCGGACGGAGCGCUGGUGUCGCUCGUCCCCGCCGCUUCCGAGGACGGCCAGCUCCAGUGGAUCCAGCCGCCGCAUUUCUUGGCGGCGCCGCAAUUUAUGGGCGGAGCGCAAUUCAUGGGCGGAGCGCAACUUAUGGGCGGGGCGCAACUUGUCGGCGGGGCGCAAAUUGUGGGCGCAUCUGGACACGGCGGAGGGAUGAUGCCCGCAGGGCCGGUUUCGUUCUUCCGCGCGUCAUCCUUCGCUGCGCCUGUGUCCGCGGCAACGGGUAUUGAGGGAACCUUUAUGGGAACCGAUGGAGUCAACGGAGUCAACGCCACCGUGCGCGGCGUUUCCGGGGAUCUGUUCGGCGGGAACGCGGGCGACGAGAUGAUAGAAGGCUCGUGGGACGAUCUUAUCAUCUGCACUCCCACCGGCGGGUUUCCCGGCGGGUUUCACGGGCAGAUGGGAUGGGGAGGCGAGCGAACGAGCCGAGGAGGCCGCCGCACGCAGCUAUGGGAGGGCGACCCGCAGCUGGUCUACCGGCUGCAACAGAGUUACCACACAGACGACUCCGCCGCCGCCGAGGUGAAACCCGACUUUUCAACGAUUGCCAUCCCCGGCGCCGAAAACGCUGCAAUUAGAAGCGAAUCGAUGAGAGGCGACGGAGACGAGGAGGGGGGAUUGCCCGCGGAAGCUCGAGGCAAUCCGGAGACCGCCACGCCCCCAGCAAUCAUGGGACCAGAGUCCCGGGAUGCCGUACAGUCGACGGCGACAAUGGAGAGUUAUCGAGAAAAUAUCGCGAGCGGUCAGUUGCCGCUGCACGUGAAAGUGGAGUUUCCGACGCCGUCGCCUAGAGGCGGACUAGCUUCCUCGUCGCCCAGCAAUCGCGGCGGGCUGGGGUUCUCGUACCACUCGCCGAUCCCGCUGUGCUCGCCGUCGCCGCUGCGACUGUGUGCGAUGGAGCUGGGCGACAUGGCGGAGCCGAAUUUGUGGCUAUCGCCGCCCGCGAGCACCAAGUACACGCUCGACAAGCGCGGCUACAGCGCAGGCAAGCAAUUCAUUCGACUCAUACGUCGUUUCGUGUGUCUGUUGGUUGGGUCGUGUGUGGCAGCAGCAGCCCUACCGUACCUGGAUCCCGGCGCGCACCAGCAGCCUUCCAGGAUGUCGCCUUCCAAGGGAGAGCCCCCCGGAUCCGUCCCCCCAGAAUCCGCCCCGCCGCAAGCGCCUGGCGGACCAACCGCCGACAGCGCAGAAAAUCCGGCAGUUUCCGCUUCCGCCAUGGUUUCCGCCGCUCCCCAUUCCGGUUCACCGCGGGCAGCCAGGCGGGGAACGGCGGAGGAGGAGGGAGACGCUGCGCGGGAAAAUGGUCAGGCUGCGCGGAGGGAGGACGAGGCGAUUGAUUUAGCGGGCGCGAGGCGGGAGAGUGGGGCGGCGGGAUCGGCGCGAUUGGUUAAUAGCGGUUCGCCGGGUAGCGGAGUGAGGUACGGCGGGAUGCGCGGGCGGUCGCUGCUGCAGCAGUGCCUCAUUAUGGGCGCGGAGCAGCGCGCCAUUCGCGCCGUCUCCGCCGCUGGCGCCGGUGGUACCGCUGCUGCGGGUGCUGGCGGUAACGCUGCUGCUGUUGUUGGCAGCAGAUAUGAUGCUGGUGCCGGCGGUAACGCUGACCCCGAUGUUGAAGGGGAAGAGAAGAAUGAGCAGGCGGAAAAUGCUGAGAAGAACGACAAGAACGAGGACGAGAGGGGCGAGAGGUCUGGUGGUGAUGCAGACGACCGUGCGGCGGGUUCGGGUCCGUCAGUGUUGAGAUGGAGAGCGGUGGGGUGCGAUGGCCGUCGGCUUGUCGACCGGCGUGACGUGCGGUCAGAGCAGGAGAGGGCGGCUCUUCGUGCUGCAGACUCGAAUGCCCCGCACGGCUCUGCUCCACCGCUUUCACCUCCGCAGGAGGCGCCUGGAGAAUUUGUCAGUGCAGCUGGUGCUGGGGUUCGUGCCAGCAGCGAGAGGGAGAUGAAUGGUGGUGGUACAGAUUUUCCCAGCACGGAAAUGCGUGGGCACGAGUCUCAGCAGCACGUUGGUGGGGCGUCGGGCGAGGUGUUCCCUCGCGAAAGCGAGUUUGCGAAUCAUGGCGACCGAUUGUCGCGAGCUGAUGUUACCACGGGAGGGAGGUCGUUCGUAGUUGGCUCGUUAGGCUCAACACUUACGGAACGCGUGAGUGUACUAGAUCUCGAGAACAAACAAACAACGCGUGCGGACAAUAGCGAGGAUGGCGCAACCGAAAUUGCGAAUUCUGACGUACCCAACUCCAGCGGCAACAGCCGUUCGUCGUCGAAUCUCGACAGUGGAGGCGCGGAGUCGAACGACGAAGGAACCGGUGAGGACGGAUCGGGAGUGGUGGAGAAGGAGGAGGGCGCGCGAGAAGAGGACGGGGGAGAAAGCAGGCUAUCAGGAAGAGUUGUGGCGGCGAGCAGCGCUAAAGACGGCGAGGAUCGGCAUGAUACGAACCCGGGUGAUAAGGGUGACAAGGGUAAUGGGGGCGAUGGGGGCGAUGGUGACAAUACACGAGCUUCGCAGACUGAACGAGCGGGGCUAACGGUAGAAGAAGGUGAGGCGUUGAAAUCCCCCGCGCACGCGCAGCAGCCGUCAUUUUUACCGGCGGGCGCGGAACGUAGGCGCGCGGAGCGUACGGGCACGGAAAGGGAGGGCGCAGAAGGUAGAUACGCGGAAAGCAGCCCAGAGAAGGGCUCCGCUGGCUUGGUGCGGCCGCAGCCGCGUAGGGCGCGGAGCGGCGAUGCAAUCUCUCCGUCCUUCUCGAUUCCCGCUUCCCCGCUUUUCGAAUCGCCCCGCUCGGCGGCUUUUGAGCGGAAUGCGCCCCGGUCCGCAGGCGAAGAGCGCGCGUCGGCGCAGGCGCCCCUGCUGCAGCCUGCAGCGAAUGUGCGUCAAGUGCAGGCUGCGGCACAGUCACAUUCGGGGAAGCACCAAGAGCAUGGUGAAGCGGGGGGGCCGGUUUUCGAGUCGACUUCACAAUUGAGUGGCGGGAGUGAGGCGGGUGGGAGAGGUGCGCGUGAGGAGGGCGUGACGUCAGACGAACCAGGGGCGAAGCGCACCAAGUCUCAGCAGUCUGGGGGAAUUGGAGUGAAUGCAGGAGGCGGAGGCGGGGGAAGAGGUGGGGCUGAUUCGGGGAACAGACGUGGUACGAGCGGGACUGCAACAGCGGGUGGGAGUGGGUCCAUUGUUCCUUGGCAUCCCGGCAGCUCACCUGCAGCUGUUAAUGGGCCUGCUUGUAUGGGGUUUCCAGUGUACUCGCCCCAAAUGCCCCCCAUUGGCAGCUUCUUUGUAAUGAGCCCUCUCACACAGCAGCAUAUUAGUCCCAUGCAGCAGCAUCAGCAGCCGCAGCAGAUUCAGUUCUCCCUGCCGCAGCAGCAUCAGAUCUACCCAAUGGCUCCUCAGCAAUACUACGCUCUCCCGCCCCAGCAGCAGCAGUACAUACGCCCCCCGCCGCAUGCGCAAUCCCCGCCUACGCGCCUGCCCCCACCAAGGCCCCUCCCCAUGGUCGUGCCUUCUCCCCUUGGCCACACCUCCCAGCGGCUCUCAGGCUCUCGUGGGGUGCACGGGCAGCGCGGGCAACAUGGCAUGGGUACAGGGGGUCCUGUUGUUGCCGUCGCACCAGGAGCGUACUCCCAGCCUGCUGCUGGUGAUGCUGCGGCUGCCAGUGGUGCUACCGGUGGCGCUGGUGCUGGUGCAAGUGGUGCUUCCUCAGGUGGUGCCUCUGAAGGCCGGGAACGGGGAGGAGAAGGGGGAGGGCGAGAAACAGGAGGCGAGGGAGAGCGAAGGGAGGGAGGGCGAGGGGGGGAAGGGCGAGCGGGCAAGGUGUCACGAGGAGCACGAACCCCGUCCCCUCAAACCUCUGCAAGCGCAUCUCUGCGUCCUUCCCCCUUGCAGCCCCCCCCUCCCCCUGUCUACUCCCCUGCUGUCGCCUCCUGGUUGCCCUUCGCCCUGCCCCCUGCUGCCUCUGCUGCCCCGGAGGUGGGUAAACUACCUGUUUACCCUGUGAAGCCUGGGGUACACAAGGCACGUGUUGGGAUGUGGAAUGUUUUACCGGAUGGGCAUUCGUCACGCGAGCAGCAGCAAGCAGAGGGACAGCAGCGGCAGCAGCAGCAGCAGCAGCAGCAGCAUCAGCAGCAUCAUCACCAGCAGCAGCAGCAGCAGCCGCCACAGGCGCAGGUUUUUCAGCAGCAGGCGGUGCUGGUGCCAAGGCCAACGGCAGUGCUGGGAAGUCAACCACAGAUGCGAAUGGCACCGAUGGUCGCACCUGCACCACCACCGGCAGUAGCACCACCACAAGCAGCCACAGGAGCAGCUGCAGGAGCAGCAGCAGCAUCCCGGCCAGUGUCUCUGGCGCUGUCUCUGCAAAGCACCAGCAGGAGCGGUGGUGGUACGACUCUUCAGUCCCUUGGGCCUCAACCAGUACCCAGGCUCGGCACUGCUGGGGGUCAAUGGGCUCCCAGAUACUCCCAGCCGACCGUUGCUUCUGGGGUGACUGCCCCCAGUGGAUUUGCUUUGGGCGUGCAAGUAACGCCCCCUGGUGCGGUGCAGAGUGGUGCCGGAGGUGUUGUGCAGGAUGGUGGUGUGGUGCAGAGUGGUGGAGGGGGUGUGGUGCAGAGUGGUGCGGCAGGUGUGGUGCAGUGUGACGCUGCAGGAGAGGCAUGGAAGCAGAAGCAGCUGCAGGCGCAUGAGCUGAGGCGAAAGAGGGUGGUGAAGAUGCAUCAGCAACAGCAACAGCAGCAACAGGGCUACCUGGCAGGCAGGGGCAAGCAACCCACACGCAAGGGCAGGGGGGAGUGGGGGGAGAGGCAGGGGCGGGGGGGGGCGCAAUGGGGGGAGGGAGGGGGAGGGCAGCAGGCGGGCAGGAAGGAGGGAAGUCUGCGGCACCUGAAGAGGAAGAGGGCGUUGAAAGAGGUGGAGGUGGAAAGUGGGAGAGGGUCGGCUCUGAGGGCUUGUAGCAGCGAAGGGGAGUCGGGCGGUGGGCCUGCUUAUCAGCAGCAUUCGGGUGCUUCUCAGCAGAAUGUGGGUGCUUAUCAGCAGAAUCCGGCUGCAUAUCAGCAAAAUCAGGCUGCUUAUCAGCAAAAUCAGGGUGCUUUUCAGCAGCAAGUUCUUCCUGCUUAUCAGCCUAUCCUGCCGGCUUAUCAAAACCAGCUGCCAGCUUAUCAGCAGCAGACUCCUUAUCAUCAAAAUCCAGCUGUUUUUCAGCAAAUUCCGACUGCUUAUCAGGGCCAACAGGCGGUUGGAGGGAUGGAGGCAGGUGGCAUUCCCUCUGACGUCAUGGAGGGGAGAGAGCAAGAAGAUGACGUCAUGAACAUGAACAUUGAGUUAGAAGGAUUGGGAGAUGAGGGCAUGUGCGGCCUGGGGGAAGGGGGGAUAUGUGGCAUGGGGGAUGGGGGAGGAGAGGGGGGAGAGCGGGGGGUGGGGGGAGGGGAGGAGGUGAAAGAAGCAGUGAGCGUGGCAGCAGCAGGGGUGGUGGGAGGAGCGGAAGGGGAGAGAGAUCCCCCUGUGAAGUCGAGGUUCAGGGGCGUGAGUCAUCACAGGCUGACCAAGCGGUGGGAGGCGUCGCUAUGGACCAACAAGAAGCAACUCUACCUGGGUGGAUACGACGCUGAAGAGAAAGCAGCACGGGCGUAUGACAUAGCAGCCCUGGCGUGCAAGGGAGCAGAGGCAAUCACCAACUUCCCAAGGGAGAGCUAUGCGGACAGCAUUGGGGAGUAUCUUGGGAUCUCCUGCGAGGCGCUCAUCGCGAAACUAAGAAGGGAGAGCUCGGCCUUCUCCCGUGGUCGCUCCAAAUUCCGCGGGGUGUCAGGGCAGGAGGGGCGGUGGGAGGCGCGCAUCGGGUCGUAUUUCGGGCGGCGAAACGUGUCUUUAGGCGUGUAUGAGACGGAGGAGGCGGCAGCAGAGCAGUACGAUCGCGCGCUGAUCAUUCAGAAGGGGACAAGGGCCAAAACCAACUUCUGCAUUUCCAAAUACAUUGCCGAGCACCUGCAGCACGGCACGUGGGCUAAGACUAACUUCUACAUCUCCAAGUACACUGCCGAGCACCUGCAGCACGUGAGUGUGAGUACGAGUAGAGAACCCCAUUCCCGUCGCCAUUCCUCUCACCCCUCUCAUCGCCCACUAUGCUAUCCUCGAGUUCGCCAAAUCGCCCACCCGUCUCCCUUUCCGUCACGUCGCCAUCUCGUCGCCUGUCCCGUCGCCCUCUUCGUCGCCCUCUCUCCCCUCCUCUCCUCCCGUCGGCCUCUCUCUCGCCCCUCCCUACCGAUCGCCCUCCCGUCGCUCGCCCCGUCGCGCUCUCUCUCUCUCCGCUCCCUUCCCGUCGCCCUCUCUCUCGCCCCUCCCUUCCCGUCGCGCUCUCUCUCUCCGCGCCCUUCCCGUCGCCCUCUCUCUCGCCCCUCCCUUCCCAUCGCUCUCUCUCUCUCCGCUCCGCCCUCUCUCUCGCUCCUCCUUCGAAUCGCGCUCUCUCUCCGCUCCCUUCCCGUCGGCCUCUCUCUCCGCUCCCUUCCCGUCGCGCUCUCUCUCUCUGCUCCCUUCCCCUCGCCCUCUCUCUCGCCCCUCCCUUCCCGUCGUGCUCUCUCUCUCCGCUCCCUUCCCGUCGCCCUCUCUCUCGCCCCUCCCUUCCCGUCGCGCUCUCUCUCUCCGCUCCCUUCCCAUCGCCCUCUCUCUCGCCUCUCCCUUCCCGUCGCGAUCUCUCUCUCCGCUCCCUUCCCGUCGCCCUCUCUCUCGCCCCUCCUACCCGUCGCGCUCUCUCUCUCCGCCCCCUUCCCGUCGCCCUCUCUCUCGCCCCUCCCUUCCCGUCGCGUUCUCUCUCUCCGCUCCGUCCUCUCUCUCGCUCCUCCCUUCAAAUCGCGCUCUCUCUCCGCUCCCUUCCCGUCGCGCUCUCUCUCUCCGCUCCCUUCCCAUUGCCCUCUCUCUUUCUGCUCCCUUCCCAUCCUCCCUUCUCGCUCGCCUCGAAUAGCCCUCCCGGCGACCUUCGACUCUCCCAUCACGUAUGCCCUCCUUUCUCCGUCGCCUCUCUCGUUCUCCCUCUGCUAUCGCGUCAGCGUGACCCAUUCCGUACUAUGUUAUUGUGUUUGGUUUGUUUGUUUUUUUGGUCUUUCCAUCUAUUCUCGACACCCUCUCUCCCGCCGCCUAUCCUCUCUUCCGUCGCCCUCCCAUUUCCCGUCGCCCUCCCGUUUCCCGCCCCCCUCCCGUUUCCCGUCGCCCUCCCUUUUCCCGUCGCCCUCCCGUUUCCCGUCGCCCUCGCGUUUCCCGUCGCCCUCCGGUUUCCCGUCGCCCUCCCGUUUCCCGUCACCCUCCCUUCUUCCGCCGCCCUCCCUUUUCCCGUCGCCCUCGCGUUUCCCGUCGCCCUCCCGUUUCCCGUCGCCCUCCCGUUUUCCGUCGCCCUCCCGUUUCCCGUCGCCCUCGCGUUUCCCGUCGCCCUCGCGUUUCCCGUCGCCCUCCCGUUUCCCGUCGCCCUCCCGUUUCCCGUCGCCCCCCUUCUUCCGUCGCCCUCUCGUUUCCUACGCCCUCCCUUCCCGUCGCCCUCCCGUUUCCCGUCGCCCUCCCUCUUUCUCUUCAUUCGCGUCACCUUGCCCAUCAUAA